AUGUUGACCUCCUCGUCAACCGACUCCUCUCGUUCCUCCUACUCCGGCAGCCCCGUCUCUCAACAUCCUCCUCAUGGCCACCAUGUCUGGUUCCCUCCUGCUCCCCGCCGUCGUCCCGAGCACUACAAGAUCCCCCGCUACUACUCCACGCCCGUGAGGGAAGACAUUCCAGACUCGACCCCUCUGCAGAUGUACGGCUUGGAAGAGCGCGCCCCCUCCAUCGCUGAGAAACCGAAGCUACUGCGUCGCUUCUCCCAUGCCCUCGACGACAUCAAGGAGGACUUUACACUUCAGACCAGCAGCGAGAAGCUUCGCUCCAAACGUCGCCAGUCCAUCUUCGGGAUCGACGAGGUCCCGGGAUCCAGCGGGUCAAUUUCAUCACCGUCCAUGGACAUGCCCGUGUCGGCCGAACCGCGGCCCCCCAAGUCCCGUCCACUCUCGAUACUUUCAGUUGAUCCCUCCAGGAGACUCAGUCGGCGGUUGUCCAUCUUUGGAUCGAGACGGCAAAAGAAGCUCACGCCGGGUCAAGCCGGGAGCAUCUCGCAGCCCAAUCUGAUUGGGGCAUCGACUCAGAUCUAA